UCUUCUUCGUUCCUUCCCUUUUCUCCUCCUUCCCUCCCUUCCCUUCACUCAAAUGAUGAUGAGUUCUUCAGCCAUGUUCAUCAACCAUGAACCGGCCCACAUGGGCCACUUCGAGUGCCCGGUUCAAGAAACCGAGCUCACAACAGCCGAGAUUCAAGAGCUACUGUCUUUGCUUCAAGCAGGGAACUCGGCCUCCCCAAGCUCAGAGGGGUCGAACCGGGAGGUCUAUACAGUUGACGAGAGAAAGCGUAGACGGACGAUGUCAAAUCGCGAGUCAGCCCGGCGGUCCAGGUGGAGAAAGAAGAGGCAUUUAGAGGACAUGACGAACGAGGUGGAACGGUUGAAAAUAGAGAACCUGGAGAUGAAGAACCGGUUGGGGGUGGUUGCUCAAAAGUGUCACGUAACAUGGAGAGAAAAUGACCGCUUGACAUCCGAGUCCUUAGCUCUAUGUGCGAGACUUUCGGAUUUAUACCGGAUUUUGAUUGCCAUGCAGAUGCAGUACUCACAAUAAUUAUUAAAGUAACAAAAUGAUGAUCAAUAAGCUCUAAUGAAGAUUAAUUAGAGCAAGGUUAAAGAGUGGUAUGGUUUUGUGGGGUACAUUAGGCUGCAUGCAUGCUCAGCGUGUCACUGAAAAUGAUAGUUAAAUAAUCUUUUAGGUUUUGCUUUUACUUUUGGGUUCCCGUUGUCGAUCGGGGAAAACUUUCUUUUUAGUAGCUUUGUACGUAUUGAGGACUAGCACGUAACCAUGCAUGUCUACAUGUGAAAGAGAUGCAUGAAAUGAGUGCAUGUAAGUUUUUUUCUGUCAAUAUUUAUAGGCAUUUUAGCUUCAUUACCAUGCAUGCUCGAUCACGCUUGUCGCUUCGUGAACUUGAGGCUCUUGUUUUGCACCUUUUUUUUUUUUUUUUAAGGAUUGGUAGCAGGUAGCUCUGCAUGUUUGUUUCAAGUUGUUGGUCUAUGUAAAGAUUCGCUUUUUGUUCUUGCAUGUUGAAGACCUCUUUUUUUC